CCGCAAGCAAAGGUACGUCAGCAGGUAGGCUACAGGUCUUUAAAAGACAGCUUUCUUAAAGACAUUCUUUUUAUCUACUGCGCUAAGAAUGGAAGUGACUCAAGAUGCUAUUUUGAAAGUAAUUGUAGAGGAAGGGGGAAAAUUGAAAAAUUCUGAGUUAGUGAGUAAAUUCAAAGAUUCCUUGAACUGCGCGGACCAGGCAGAGAAGAAACAGUACAGGGAUCUUUUCAAAAGGUUCGUGAACAACGUUGCGGUAGUGAAAGAAAUUGAAGAGGUCAAGUAUGUUGUCAUUAGGAAAAAGUAUCAGCAUCUGAUACAGGCGGAUUAUACUAUAAACAACGCUGAUGAAGACGUCCAAGAUAUACUCUCACCUGUUCAGGAGAGCGAGAAUAGCACACAGCAUUCUCAAGACGUAAGAGGUACGAUCUUUUGUGCUCCUGAUCGAGUUGCACAACAGGCUGCUAUCUCAAGUCUCAGCCAGUGUGCCUCAAAUGACAGUGAAACUCAUCCAUCACCAGAGGAGCGUUUUACCAUUGAGUUGGCAUUGGAGAGAGUCCAAAGUGUUGAUUUCAAACCUAAAAGAUCUUUCAAUUUUAGUCCGAACCAGACAGCAGGUGUAAAGGUAGUUCAGCCUGUCUUUGGUCAGAAGACCACUGUCAUGCACAACAAGCCUUACGCACUGCCUUUGAGGAUGCCUCCCAGUGCAACGCGGAUUGAGAUCCGAAAACUGAAAACGGACGACGACCCUCCAUUGAGAGCCGACCCUGAACAGGACACCUACAGCCCCUACAGGUACAAACGAAGGCCGUCCACGGACAGCGUGAGUCAUGGAUCUCCUCAGCUUAGGAGGGCAACAAAGAGCUCCAAGCCCAUAGAGGAGCCCAAGUUCUCCUCCACCAUGCCUCUGGAGCAGGCAGAGCACCAGUGGCUAGUCGGGUCCGCCUCGGGCCACUGGAGCCAGGUGUACGGGCUCCUCAUGAGAGACACACAGCUGGCGGACAAAAGAGACUUCCUGUCUGGUUUCACGGCCCUCCACUGGGCGGCCAAGUGCGGCAAAAGUGACAUGGUGACAAACAUCAUGGAGAAAUCCAAGGAAAAAGGCGUCCAAGUCGACGUCAACGCAAAGAGUCACGGGGGAUACACCCCCCUGCACAUCGCCGCCUUGCACGACCAGGAGUUCAUCAUGGCCAUGCUGGUGAAUGUCUACGGGGCGGACGUGAACAAACGGGACAACAGUGGGAAGAAGGCGCACCACUACCUCCACGGAGGGAUAACGGACGGAGUGAGGAGGAUUCUUACACAGUCAAAUCUGCAGCCCCAGCAGGAGACGGUCGCCCAGGAGAAGGAGAAGGAGGAGUUGGACCUCUUCCCGGACCUCUCCAAGGGCCUGCAGACCAUCAGCCGCCUCUUCCAGCCCCACGUGCCAGGGACCAAGAAGAAGAAGCAGAGGGCAGGGUUGUAUUCGCUGAGAGAUGACCCCCGGGAGGAGAGAGAGGAGAGCUCCGUCAGACCCAGAGCCUCAGACAUGUUCAAAUGACUCUGAGAUGCAGAUGGGAGCAGGAGAGACCACGGUAGCUGAAACGCCCAACGUUUAUGGACAUGAUGUGACAUGAUUGAAUAUUCUUGUUGUCUACAUUCCGGAUAGGGAAUAUUGGAGGUUGAUUUUUAAUGUGACAUACAUUGUUUUUAUCCUUCUUCUUAUCCUUUUUUCUUGUGUUUUCUUUUUCCAAGAAAUGCUAUAUACCUUCAUUGUACUUAAUCUUUACACACAUAUAUAUAUGUAUAAAAAAUACACUAAACCUCACCAAGCACUUUAUUGCUACUAGUAUAUUACAUUUUACUGACUGAAACUCAAUGACACAUUUUCACCAGUGUACUGUGUUAUUCUACUCUUUGUCAUGCCACUAUUUCAACAAAUCCAUUUAAAACUAAAUGUGUUUUUACAAAUCCGACAUCAGAUUAAGAGUACACUUUGUUUGUCUAUUGUGUGAGCCCCUGGACUAAAGUACUAAGAUUAGGAUUGGGAUAUGGUGUAUAGGAUAAUCCUCAAAUGGACAAAGGGACCAUGUCUGACUGUCUUAUAUGACUUACUAUUGUAGUCUGUGUGAAUAUCCAUAUUUACUGCUAAAUGAUUAUUAAAUAACACUGUAUUGAU